AUGACUGAUCUAACGCCAUUAUUCGAUCAAUGUGUUCAGAUCGUUCAAUCUGAACUUUCCAUUCCAUCAUCAUCCCGAAAUUCAAUACAGGAAUCAAAACCCUUAAAUUAUAUCGUAAAGGACACAUUCAUCAAAGAGAGUAUUCAAUUUUAUGAUUUAUUAACUAAAUUAAAUCAAUUCACCAUAGAAGUCAAAUCCCAAUAUCUAGCCAUACAUGAUGAAGUAAGGAAUGCCAAUAAUCCCCAGGGUUUAACCAAUGCUGAUAAAGAUGCUAUUGAUGAACAAUUCAAUGCUGAGAUUCGUCAAUUAUUUCAGAAAUUAAGUGUGUUGGAAACAUAUGAAAGUCAACGUCAAUCAAAAGUGUCAUCCCUGGAUAGUCUGAAGGGAUGGUUCGAUAAUGUGUUUGGUGAUAGUGAACCAUCUGAUAAGGAAGUGUAUUUAUCAACUAUAAGUCAACAUCGAAAUCAUAUUUUGAAAUUCUUAAUGAUUUCUUUAAGUGAAACUAAUAAGAAUUUUGAAAGUAUUCAAAAAAAGAGACAAAUAAGAAAUAAACAACUUGAUCUGUUGAAUUUCCAGAAUUUAGAAGAAGAUGAACUUCGAGAUUUUGAUUUAAAUGAUACAGUGGUUCCAUUAGAUUCCAUAAUGAGUAAGAAUCAAGAGAAUGAAUUCGUAUUACAAGAAGAAGAAUCACAGCAAUCUUCACAACCUUCACAAUUAAGUACGGCUCAAAUACAAGAAUUAGAAUUAGAAAGUAAAGAGUUCUUAAAGAUGAAAACAAAUCAAUUAAAACAAGUGCAGAAAGUUCAACAAUCAAUCAUCGAUAUCAUUAAUAUUCAAAAUGAUUUAUCAUUCAAAUUACAAUCUCAAGAAGAACAAAUUAAUACUUUACUUGAUAAUACUUCUCAAAUGCAUAUUGAUGUUAAAAUGGGUAAUCAACAAUUAACCAAAGCUACUUCGAGGAAUAAAAAAGGAGCAAAUAUGUUGGUUACACUUUGUUUCGUUCUAGGAUUUUUAAUAAUAUUUGUUGACUAUAUAUCAUUUUAA